AUGGCUUCAACAUUUGCUUUCACAAGGGAUGUUUUCACUUGGCCAAAAGCCAGGAACACCGAUGAAAUCAAGCCGCAAAAGGCUCAUCGGCCUCAAAAGCGUCUCCGUGCUGAACGAAUACCACUUCAUGAUGUUCGUCAACAACCCACCGCUCAGAGCCUAGUUCCCAGCAUCGUCGAUGGAUUAUUGUCCAGCCCUAGGGAGCUUCCAGCACUGCUACUCUGGAAUGAUCGCGGCUUAUCACUUUUUGAUGCUGUUUUGGAGUCUCCAAACUACUAUCCCGCCACAAGGGAAUGGUCACUACUACACAAUGUUGUUCACAAGAUCACCCAUACCAUCUCCUCUGGCGACCGGCUGAUAGAGCUCGGUGCUGGAAACAUGAAGAAGACAGCCCUUGUGCUACACACGUUACAAGCGCAACGCAAGCACAUUCAGUACAUUGCAUGUGAUGUAGAUCGCACCGCACUGAGACGAUGCCUUCGCGAACUGCAGUCUCUGUUCCCGGUAGCAACAUCAACUAUUAGAAUUCAGGGUUUAUUAGGGACCUAUGAGGAUUGCGCAGCAUGGCUAAAGCCCAACACCAGCAAUUCUAAUUCCCGAACAACACUCAUGUGGCUCGGAAACAGCAUGGCAAACUUCACCCCCCACGAAGCGUCCGAAUACAUUCGCAGCUUUCUUAGCAGCGGUUCAUCAUUAAUAGUAGGAUUGGACGGCAGUCAAGAUUUACGGGAAAUUGCGCAAUCAUACGAGGCACAGUCCAACCGAGACUUUGUCCUGAAUGGCCUGGUACAUGCGAAUGAACUAUUGGGCACGGACGCGUUCGAUGUGAACGAUUGGGAAUUCAUGGGGAAAUGGAACCCAGAGCUCUGGAUGCACGAAGCUUUUUACGUGUCUCGGAAGGAUCUGACGGUGAGUAUUGCCGGCGAGGAGUACCACUUCAAAAGGGGUGAGACGAUGCGGUCGAUUAGAAGUGGGAAGUGGCCCAAAGGAAAGGUACUUGAUAUUUGUAAGCACGCUGGCGGGUCAGUGAUAGAGAGUUGGAUGAACGACGAUGAGUCUUAUGGCAUAUAUUCACUCAGGGGUAAUUACUCUCACGACAGCUAG